GACAUAUUUACAUACAAUCCUUAAAGGACCAUGAAAAACAUCAGUAUGCAGUACACUUAUACAAAAAAGCGAUUACAGUUUGGGAAGCAAUGUAACUUUAUGGAUUAUCAAAAAAUAGAAGCUGAUAUUAAACCACAUAUAGGAUAUAUGAAUAACUACAUUCGAAUAGAUCCUACAACUCAGGGAACUCAAUACAGCAAGAUAUAUUCUGUUCAUGAGGUAAACACAAAUACUGCAACAUUCAAAGAUACUGGUAUGUAUCAUUCUGAAGGUGGAUGGCCAAAGGAUUUGAAUAUAAAAGAUACAGAGCAAACAGUGAGAUAUAAACGUAAAAUUGAAAAAGAUGAACUAUAUAUUCACAGAAUGCUUCAACUGUUACCUCCAAUGGAACAAUGUAUAUUACAAAAUGAUGCUUGUAAUAUUUAUGAACAAUAUUUUAAGUACAUGAAACCAGUUUCUCUAAUACAAAGAGUAUAUUCGCGUACAGUUAAUGUAUAUCGUGAUAUUUUGCCAGUUAAGCGGCAAAUAACACAUCUUUCUUGGUCACCAGAUCAAGGAAAUCGUUUUGCAGCUAGUUACUGUAAUACUGACUUUAUAAAAACAAUAAAUGACAAUCCUCAAUCAUAUAUUUGGGACGUAGAAAAUCCAAAUACACCUUGUAUAACAUUAAAGCCAUUUUGCCCAAUCUUAACAUUGGAAUAUAAUCCCAAAGAUAAUAACAUACUGAUUAGUGGGUUAAUGACUGGUCAAGUUGCCUUUUGGGAUAUUAGGAAAGGGUCAGAACCAGUUGAAACAAGUUUGGUUGAAUUUAGUCACAGAGAUUUAUGUAAUGAAGUUUUGUGGAUAAAUUCUAAAACUGGCACUGAAUUUUUCAGUGCUUCCAAAGAUGGACAGAUAAUGUGGUGGGAUAGUAGAAAAUUACAAACACCUACAGAAACAUUAGUAAUAGAUUUAUGUAAACCUGAUGAUCAAAAUGUUAGUAGAGCAAUUGGAAUUUCAGCAUUACAGUUUGAACCAUCUAUGGGUGCACGUUUUAUGUGUGGUCUUGAAAAUGGAGUAGUAAUAUUAGGAAAUCGAAAAGGUAAAACUUCAAGUGAGAAAAUUGCAACAAGAUUUAAAGCGCAAUAUGGUCCUGUAAUAAGUUUAGAAAGAAAUCCAACGUUUGUUAAAAAUUUUUUAACCGUUGGUGAUUGGACAACAAGAAUAUGGUCUGAAGAUUGUAAAGAAUCUUGUAUUACUUGGACACCUGGUCACAGGAAUUUCCUAAUGGGUGGAGCAUGGAGCUUAACACGAUUUUCCGUAUUUUUCCUAAUAAAAAUGGAUGGAACUUUGGAUGUGUGGGAUUUAUUGAUUCAGCAAGAUUCCCCAGUUCUUAGUGUGAAAGUUUGCGAUGAUAUUUUAACAUAUAUAAGACCACAUGAACAAGGACAAUUGGCUGCAAUUACUAAUAAGAGGGGAACAACAUUUCUACUUGAAUUUUCAGAAGCAUUGACAACUAAUCAAAAAAAUGAAAAGCUUCUAUUUACAGCACUUCUUGAUAGAGAAACACGUAGAGAAAAGGUAAUAGAAGCUAAAAACAGAGAACAAAGAUUAAAAAUGAAAUCUCUUCGAAAUACCUUGAAUAAUUUUGAGAUCGAAUGUGCAAUGGGAAAUACAAAAAUUGAUGAAAAAGAUUCAAAAUGUCAUGAGUCUAAGAACGAUUCAAUAUUAAUAUACUGUGAAGAAGAUUACAAAAAUAUCAUUAAAGCAGAGGCUUUAAAGGAGAGAAAAUUAGAAUCUAGUCGAAGUUACGAUUCUAGUCUUCGUCAAUCGUCUGAUAGUAUUUUUUCAGGAACAGAGAAGUACAAGGGUGCAAAUUUAAAACUUCAACGAUUAAAUGAAGUUAAGCAAACGUUAAAGAGUCAAAGUACGGAUCGCUUGUACAGUAUUAUCGAGAAGAUCGAUAGAAUUUUGUCAAACACGCCGAGAUCGCCGGGUGAUAUUGAAUCUGGGAGGAAUGUUACCUUUAUACAGGAAUCAAGCGAGUACAACAUUUUAACCAGUUUAAACGAUAACGUAGAAAAGAAGGAAGAGAAACUAGUAACAAAUAAAUUAAGGUAUAAGAAUACCGCAGAUCAGUCCAAUUCUCAUUUUGAGACAAGUAUAACAAGCAGCGACACAGAGGAAGUUGUACAAUUGGACAUGCUGCAAAGUGUAAAAAGAAAGGAUUGGAGUACCAAAAAAAGAAGAUCAAGAAGCACGAAAGACAUAAGUAGUAAUAAUGUAUCACAGACUUUUUCUGAUAGCAUAGCGAAUUAUCAGGGGCCUGUGGUAUACGAGGACGAAAUUACAAAAGCUAUGCCUCGAGAAAAUGUUGAGAAAAAAAAUGACAAAAAAUCAGCAAUUUUUUAUAAAAGUAACCGUUUUAAGAAGAACGAUUCAAAUUCAUCCGAUAGUGCUGAAACGUAUAUUAUAGAACAGAACGACAUGAGCAGAUCCAAUAAAACGAAUAAAGAUCCAAUAAAAAUCCUUGAAACUAGAGAUUUCAUUUUAAACGGUACAGAAAACGAUUCAAAUGUAAAACAUGCCGAAAGUGAAAGUUCAGUGGAUUUUGAAGAUGCUGAGUUUAAUGCCGAAACUGGAGAUACGAUCCAGUCUUAA